AUGACAGUCACUAAGAGCAUGUCACUGUCAGAUUCCAUAAUGACCUCUGCAGUAAAGGAAUCGAUAGUGACAUCCAAAACCACAGCUUUAUUCAGCUUGGCCAUUUCAGCUGAGACCCCACAACUAAAUCAAAUUCCACUGUCAUCAACACUGGACAAAGCCAGGGACACACACGAACCUUUACCCACAACAACCAUGGCAGUUACAAACACCUCUUCACCCACCACAGUCGCCCAGGGGACAACUGUUCUCAGCACAGCCACAGCUGAGAUGCAAGAAAAAGACACUGCAACUGUACCCCCAACCCCAGCGACAACCCCCACAACAAGCAAACCACCAGACCCACAGCCCAGCUCUAUGACACAGACGCCUUCCCAGCCAGCACUGAUGACCUCUGAUGCUGGCAUGACUCUAGACACAACUCCAUCACCACCAAAGUCCACUGGAACGGGAUCAUCAGUGCCCCCAAGCUCCAGGGACACAGACGGGACCAUGGCAACACCUUCAAUGGCAUUAAAAAUAUUAAGCACACCAGAGGAAGCCAUCCCAACAUCCGGAACUGGGACACCUACUGCUCCUGAGAAGUCAGCUUUAACUCCACCCUCAUCAACGCUGGACAAAGCCAGGGACACACACGAACCUUUACCCACGACAACCAUGGCAGUUACAAACACCUCUUUACCCACCACAGCCUCCCUGAGGACAACUGUUCUCAGUACAGCCAUAGCUGAGACUCAGGAACAAGACACUGCAGCUGUACCCCCAACCCCAGCGACAACCCCCACAACAAGCAAACCACCAGACCCAUACAGCUCUGUGACACAGACGCCUUCCCAGCCAGCACAGACAGACUCAAGCAUAGGCACUGGUACAGCCCAGUCACCUGAACAUCCCACAGGCCUUGUCCAUAACGGCUCAGAGACAACCAAAUCCUCCACUAUAGUUGGGACCAGUCCAGCACCCCCCAGCUCAAGCCAAAGUAGUGGUCCAGGGGGUGGUGCCUGUGCUUUGGAUGAGUAUCUAGACAGCACCAGAGGCUGUAUGUGCAACAAGAGCUACUAUUCCCACUUGGAACUAUCCAAGGAGAUAGGGACCCUGCACUGCAAACCAGAGGUCAUUGAGGUGGCUCUGAGGAGUUGCUUCUUGAAGCACCAGCACUGGGUCCUGAAGAAAGAUGUCUUCUCGGGGUGUUCCAGUACCAAUACAACAGACCAGGGUCACCGGGUCCAGGUCUUUCAGUUGGAGAAGAAGGAAGGAACUUGUGGACUCCACAUCUCUACCAACGUCAGCCAUGCCCUGCACUCUGUGAAUGUGCACCUUGAACAGGCUCGCCUUGGCUCUGGCUCCAGAGUGCUCCACUUCAGCUGUGCGUACCCCCUGGUGGUGAACGUCAGCAAGCCCGUCUCCUACCAGGAGGCCUUCAUUCCCACUAUCCAUAUUCCUGGCACUGGAGAGACUGUCAUCACCCUGAGUGUCUUCACAGACCUUCAACUCCACAAACCACUCCAGGACCGUGCAGCUCCCGUGGGCAUGCCCCUCUACGUGGUCCUCAAAUCCACCAGCAGUGAUCCUGACCGGUUUGCGCUGGUGGCUAAUGAGGUCUUUGCCAGUGACAACCUCUCCAACAUAGUGGCUAAGGCCACCUAUCAUUUUGUGAAUGAGAGCUGCCCAGUCGGGGACCGGCUGCUCCAGGACUUGAACAAUGGAGCCUCCGUACAGGUGACACUGGCCUUCACUCUGUCACGAUUCUUUAAUAGCGACUUGCUCUACCUACACGCCCAAGUGACCCUCUGUGACAAGCAAGCGUCCCGCCCAUGCCAGCCGUCUUGUAGUGGGAAGAAUUCCCUGCGGAGAAAUUCACCCUGGGACUCUCGAGUUGGGACCCAUCUGGAACCUGGCGGUAGCAAGUGGAUCGUAUUUGGGCCUCUCCGAAUAAGCGAGCCCAGAGCCUCCAGCAGCAGGAGCAGAGCAGGAGCCUGGAUGUCCAUCUUGCUCCUCCUGAUGGUGACAGGCUGGAUGCUGGACUAA